AUGAAACGAGAAAUUGGAGCAUUGCUGUCUGUACUCCAUACAUCUAUUCUUCGAUAUCAAUACCAAUUUGGUCUCAAGACCUAUUUCACACCACUUCGGGAGAAGGGUAUUUAUGAUGAAGAAGAAAUCCCACAUACAAUUGAUAUUCUAGCCGACUGUGUAAUGAAUUUAGAUAUAGAAGAUCAAGUUCUGGAAUUAUUGUAUCAAGAAAAAUCUUUGCAUCCGAUUACAUCUACACUUACAUCUGAAUUAGUUACACCUGAACUAGAAACUUCGCCUUCAUCACCAGACCAUGAAAAAUCUUCACAUCUAGAAAACCAAGUUCUAGAAUUCUCGUAUCAAGAAAAAUUUUUGCAUUCGAUUAUAUCUACACUUACAUCUAAAUCAGCUACGCCUGAACUAGAAAUCUCGCCUUCAUCAUCAGAUCAAGAAAAAUCUUCGCAUCUAGAAAAAUUAUCAUAUCAAGAGAAAUCUUUGCAUUCGAUUACAUCUACACCUAUAUAUGUAUUAUUAAUAGAGCUCUAA